AUGUCUUUCUCUGGAAAAUACCAGCUGGAGUCUCAGGAGAACUUUGAGGCUUUCAUGAAGGCAAUUGGUAAGAUUUCAGCUUUUCAUUCAACCACUAGUUGUAAAAGUGUCUGUUUAAAAAAAAAAAGGAUCUUGGGGUGGACAUAUCAUGUGGCUUUCCAUUGAUACUAAUCAUCAAAGCAAUCAAUUGUUGGUUGACUUGUUGAGCAUUAAAAAUAUAAGCGCUUACUCUAAACUGGCUUAACUCUGGUGGAUAAGAGAAUACAUGUUGCAAUGGCUUCAUUACAUUUUAUCUUCUGCCUCAGGUCUUCCUGAUGAACUCAUCCAGAAGGGCAAAGACAUCAAGAGCGUCUCUGAGAUUGAGGAGACUGGUGACAAUUUCAAAGUGACGGUCACAACUGGCACAAAAGUCCUCGUCAACUCAUUUGUGAUCGGACAGGAGUCUGAGAUCGAGACCAUCACAGGGGACAAGGUCAAGGUGAGUUGGGACAUUGAAUAAGGAAUCCAAUUAGGUGUGUUUUAAUAAACUUGACCUAAAUGCACAGAUGCCUGGUACUGAACUAUGUCCUUUUUUCUUAGACGGUUGUUAGACGUGAUGGCAACAAGCUGAGGGUCUCUCUGAAGGGGAUCGAGUCAGUCACAGAACUGGUGGAUGGGAACACUAUCGUCAAUGUAAGUAGAAGGUGGUGGUGGUGGGGGAGCUCUGUUUGGACUUUUCUUUGGACAUGACUCUAAAGACUUGUGUUUUUCCUCUCUCUCUUUCCUAGACUAUGACUCUUGGUGGCAUUGUAUACAAGAGGACAAGCAAACGCCUAUAA